GUUUGUGUAGAAAAGAAGAAAGGAUUGUUUCCUGUCUUCGUGUGUGCAGCAGUCUAGAGUUGGAAGAAAAGCAUCAUCGUCUCUCAUCAUGCCGAUGUUCACGGUGAAUACCAACGUCGCAAAAGGCGACGUGCCUGCAGCUCUGCUGUCCGAGGCCACGGAGGAAUUGGCUAAAGCGAUGGGCAAACCUGCACAGUACAUUGCUGUGCACGUCAACCCUGACCAAAUGAUGAUGUUUGGAGGAAAGGGAGACCCCUGUGCAGUCUGCUCCCUCCACAGCAUCGGCAAGAUCAGCGGUGCUCACAAUAAGCAGUACUCUAAACUCCUGUGUGGACUGCUCAACAAACACUUGGGCAUUUCUCCUGACAGGAUUUAUGUUAACUUUGUGGACAUGGAUGCAGCCAAUGUGGCCUGGAACAACACUACAUUUGGUUGAGAUGGAGGUCAACAUUUGGAAAUACAGGAUCAUUCCACUGUUUCUUCUUCAAGUGCAAGCAUAGUCAAAACUGAAAUGAAAAGCAAAGACACUUUGUAAUGCAUUGGUCAAAAUACUGUAUGCCUUUCCUAAAAUGAAUUAACUGGACCCUUUAGCGUUGCACUAAUCCCUUCCCAUAGAAAUGCAAUAAAGCAAAUGCUGUUGAUUGUA